AAUAUCUCUAGAUGGUUAAAAAAAAGUUUAGACUUAAGGUAGAUGGUUGUCUACAAAAGGUGCCUGAGCUGUCUAGGAUUUCAGAUACUAAAAGUAGAAUUUCAUUCAACUAUGGAGAAACUUGAGUCUAGCUUUACAAAGAUGACAAGCCAGUGUUUUCCAAGGCCUUACCAGCUUUAGUUUGUGAAGUAGUACUCCAAAUGAAAUGGGGGAAAAUAAAUAUUGAAAAAUAAACUGUGCCUUAAUAUAACUAUUGUAAUCUCUUUCAGUGAUAAUUCACAAGUUUUUCAGCCUUAUGUGUUGCGAACCCGCAGGAAUAGUACAACAAUUAUGAAUCGACACAGUAUGUUGCUAUCAUCCUCUCCAAUUCGAAUUCCUAGCAGCAGGCUUCAUCAGAUCAGAAGGGAGGAAGGAGUGGAUUUAAUGAACAGAGAAACAGCACAUGAAAGGGAAGUGCAAACAGCAAUGCAGAUAAGCCAGUCAUGGGAAGAAAGCUUGAGCCUGAGUGACAAUGACUUGGACAAGUCUGAGAAAUCUUCCUCUCCAAAGAGAAUAGACUUCAUCCCAGUUUCCCCAGCACCUUCACCCACCAGAGGAAUAGGGAAGCAAUGUUUUUCGCCAUCAUUACAAAUGUUUGUGAGUAGUAAUGGAUUACCUCCAAGUCCUAUUCCUAGUCCAACAAGGAGAUUUUCGAACAGGAGGAGUCAGAGUCCAAUCAACUGUAUCAGACCCAGUGUUCUUGGUCCCAUUAAAAGGAAAGGUGAAAUGGAAACUGAAAGUCAGCCAAAGAGACUUUUCCAAGGAACUACCAAUAUGCUUUCUCCUGAUGUUACACAUUUGACAGAUCUCAGUUCAUGUCUGUCUUCAGAUAUUCUCGAUAGGAGUAGCAGCAGUAUUGGUUCUUCCUCUGAUUCGCUGGCUAAAGGCAGCAUUACCACAGAAUCUCCAGUAACAUGCUCAAAUUCAUGCUCUUCAUUCAUUUUGAUGGAUGAUCUUUCACCUAAGUGACUUAAUCAGUUCUGACUCAGUGUUUGGAUGUGCUGUUUCCUUGCUGUACAUUUGUACAGAGAAAAGAACUCUAUCCUUGAGAAUCAUUAACAUGAGGAUAAAAAUACUAAUGGAAAAAUUAAUCUUGGCAACUCUUCCCAGUGGUUUUAAUUUAGCCUCUUUAAAGGACAAGUUAUAUCUUAAUGUCUGGUUUUGAUUAUUUUACAAACAAGGUGUCCAAUUUAUAUGAACUCUUAUUUGUUUUAAAGAAAAAAACCUUUUGAUUCCUGAAUAGGCAACUAUUUACAAUAUUAGGGGUUUUAUUUCUAGGAAAAAUGGCGUAAUGUUACUAUCAUGGUCAUUUUGUCUGGAGAAACACUUGGUUGCAGAGAUGUUUGGAAAUACUCAUUUAUUCUUUGACUCUUUUAGAAACUAGAUUUCUUUAGACUUUCAUUUCAUUAACACAACUUCUGGUUAUGAUGGGAGAAAUAUCUAAUUUCUCCGACUAACUCAAAGUUAUUUUUCCAACUUUGUCAUUGCAGCUAUUCACAGCCAUUUCUGCCCCUGAAGGGGAAGAAAUACUACUGGUAAUUGUUUCAUUGCAGUUGAACACUAUGUUUCUGGAAGUUGUUUGCAUUUAAAACAAAACACAGACACUUCUAGGGUGACUAGCGUAUUAGUUAUUAAUAGAGGAAAUACAAAUGCCCUGUGAAACAUGAUUUACAUAACUGCAUAGUUCUCUCCCCACAUUCUUCAUCUUACAGAUUCUAUGGAAUAUGGCAAAUAUUCAUAGAUAAUUGGCCAAGAAGAAAUAAUCCCUGCCUUGAUUUAGAAUGCAUGGUGCAAGUAACUAAGUUACUUAAACUACUGUGUAAAGAAGAAUGUGCAUGAUGCCAUCAGUGUCUCCUGUGGCAUUGAGGCCAUAGGUAUUUUUGUGCCUUGGGGGACAUUGUUACAAAUUAAGGAAUGUAAAAUGGGUGGGCGGGCAAAGGAAUUAAUUUAUAGAUUGUUUACCAGAUGCUGUCUUCAGUGCUGCUUUUUCUUAGCGAUUGCUCUUUUCCAAGGUGUUUCUUCCAUUGGGAGGUGCUAUGGACAGUCCCAAUUAUUCUGUAAGAUAGCAGUGUAUGUGUUCCCCUCAAAGCUGCUGUAUAGCUUUAUGCCUUUGUCUGCCUUACAGAAGGCAAUUUCUAGGGAAAGGCUUUAAGGUUGGAUUGGAUACUAGCUCUGCAUACCAUUUAGCUAAGGAUUUACAUUUGAGUAAUAGUCUUGAUAUAGUACCUUAGUCUGAGGUAAUACUACUUAAGACCUAACUGGGCUAAAAAAUCCAUUUGUAAUCUACUGUUAUUUAUUAUUUAUAAACUAUGUAAAAAAGUCUGCGGUGAUGAAUUAUAGUAUUUUUUUAUGAUUGAACAAGGUUUUUUAUGUUCAGUGAUAAUUUCUGGUUGGUUUCUAUUUAAUAUGCAAUGUUGUUUGCCAGAAUCAUAAGCUUCCAGUUUUUGAAUGUUUGUACUGUAUUGUAACACAAAUGUUUUUGUUAUCUAAAAAUACAACUUCUGAUUUCUGAAAGAAAAUAGCACUGAAUUUAAAGUAAGAAUAUGCUUUAAAGAUGAGCACAGUCUCUGGCAAUACUGUCUGGCUAAGAAGGGGGAGGGAGCACCAUAUUUUUUCCACUCUAAAGACGUUGGGUUUCCAAUAGAUCUGUCAUGCAUAGCUUUUUACUUUUCAAGUGUUUGUUUUAAAUUGUACUAAAUACCAUAAAUGGCCAAUAGAGGCACUUAUCUGUGUUAUCACUUCAUCUGUGGAGCAUUCAUUUCCCUGCCUCAAAUAAAUGUGCAUAUUGUAAAA